GUAGAAUCAAAUCGACGGAAUAGGACUCCAAAGAUGGAGCUGCUGACACCCACCCCUCCUCCUCGGCUCGCCGGGAACCACUUCUCCCAUGGCUUCUAUUCUCCGACGAUUUCUCUUUCGUCCAUCUUCUCUCGUCGCCAUCAUCAUCAUCAUCGUGUUGCUGCCGAGGUCUCUGGGCUGCCUGAAUUCACGGAAGAAGUUGGUGGCAGAAUCACAGUUGCAGUUGGGAAAUCCGUUGAGAAAAGCUUGUCUUUGCUUCAUUUUUGUUUUCAGCAUUUCGGCUGCCGAGAGAUCAUUCUCCUUCAUGUUCAUCAACCGUCUCCCACCAUUCCCACCCUAUUAGGAAAACUGCCUGCAAGCCAAGCAAACGAGGAAAUGGUAUCUGCUUUUCGAAAAGAGGAGAUCGAACAAACAAGGAAGCUUCUAUUCAAUUACUUGACCGUUUGCUGGAAAGCCCAGGUGAAAGCAGGAGUCAUCACCAUUGAAGCUGCACAAGUUAAGAAAGGCAUUGUUGAUCUGGUGAACAAACAUAGUAUUAGGAAGCUUGUUAUGGGGGCGGUGCCAGAUCAUUGUAUGAAGGUGAAGAAAACCUCAAGCAAAGCCAACUUUGCAGCCAAAAAUGCAGCUCCAUUCUGUGAAAUAUGGUUUGUGAACAAAAGGAAACAUGUCUGGACAAGGGAGGCUUCUGAAGGACUGACUAUUUUCCCGUCAGUUCUCAGUCCACCUGAUACUGUACUUUCUGAGAGAUUAAGCUCUAGUUUGUCACAUAAUCUCGUUGGUGAGCUCAUAACCAACGAUACGAGUCUUCAGACUGAUUCUUCCAAUACUGGUAUACUUUGCUUUGGAGUCAAAAACCAGGUUCAUUCAGAACCAGAUAAAAUGGAAGUUGAUUCAUCUACCAGUGGAUCCUGUUUCACCAAUCAGUUUGAUUCUUUGUCAUCUGAAAGAUUGUUGCCAUCAGAUUGUGACUCAAAGAUAGAGGAAGAAGUUUUGUAUAAUCAGCAUAAUGAAGUGAUGAGACAAGCCGAGACAGUAAAUAAUGAGGCAUUUGCAGAGCUAGUGAAUUGCAAAAAUUUUGAAGCAGAAGCUUUUGAAGCUAUUAACAAGGUCAAGGUGUUUGAUGCUGCCCGUGCACGUGAAACUAAGCUUCGAGAGGAAGUUGAAGACAUACUAAGAAUUACUAGACAGCAACAACAAAAGCUCUUGGAGCAAAGAGAAGAAGUAACUAGAGACCUACAGAAGAUGAUGACAAAUGUAGCUGUUCUUGAUAUUCAUCUCCGGCGGUCGACUCAUCGGCGAGAAGAAGCUGCUGGAGAGUUUAGGUUCAUCCAAGAAUCCCUUGAAACUCUCCAGGAUGAAAGGGAGAAGCUGCAACAGCAAAAAGAGGAAGCCAUGUAUCAGCUGGAACUGUGUAGAGGUCGUGGACAUACUGGAGUGCCUAACUGUGAUAGGUUCAUACAGUUUUUCAAUGAAUCUCUCGAGUUCACAGAGUUUUCUUUAUCAGAUCUUCAGACUGCAACAUGCAACUUUUCGGAGAGCUUUAAGAUUGGGGAGGGAGGGUAUGGAUGUGUUUACAAGGGAGAGAUUUUUAACCGAAGUGUUGCUAUAAAGAAGUUGCAUCCAUAUAACAUGCAAUGCCAAUCAGAGUUUCAACAAGAGGUUCUAGUUCUUAGCAAACUACGACAUCCCAAUUUGGUGAAUUUGAUUGGUGCAUGCUCAGAUGCCUGGUCCCUUGUAUAUGAGUAUUUACCAAAUGGGAGCCUCCAAGAUCACCUCUUCCGGAAACGAAACACUCCUCCCUUGACUUGGAAGACCCGGACACGAAUUGCUGCCAAAAUUUCAAGUGCCCUCCUCUUCUUGCACUCUUCCAAACCUGAAAAAAUCAUCCAUGGGGAUCUGACACCUGAAAACAUCCUUCUUGAUUCAUGCUUUAACUGCAAAAUUGGAGAUUUUGGGAUUUGCAGGCUUGUCCCUGAGGAAAGUGUUGAUUUUCCAAGUUUCCGCAGUAAUACAGAGCCGAAGAGCUCAUUCCCAUAUACAGAUCCAGAGUUGCAGCGGAAUGGAAAUCUGACACCAAAGUCUGACAUCUACUCUUUUGGGAUCAUUAUUCUACAGCUACUCACUGGUAGGCCUCCGUUGGGGCUAACCAAUGAGGUGCGUCGGGCUUUGUUGUCUGGGAAGCUGACAUCGAUUUUGGACACAUCUGCUGGAGAAUGGCCUACAUUUCUGGCAGAGCGAUUGGUGGAUGUGGGCUUACAAUGCUGUGAAUUGAACAGUCGGGAUAGGCCAGAGCUGACACCAACAAUGGUGAGGGAGCUUGAUCAGUUACAUGUUCCCGAUGAGCUGCCUGUGCCUUCUUUUUUCUUGUGUCCAAUACUUAGGGAGAUAAUGAAUGAUCCUCAUGUGGCAGCAGAUGGCUUUACCUAUGAAGGCGAGGCCAUUCGAGAAUGGUUGGAAGAUGGACAUGAUACUUCUCCUAUGACCAAUUUAAAGCUGAGCCACUUGCAUCUUACUCCAAACCAUGUGCUUCGACAGGCUAUACAGGACUGGCUCUGCCAGUCAUGAGAUCCUGUAACUGUGUGUAGCUACUGUAAAUGUGCAUGUAUGAGCUUGUAUGUAUGUUUUAUUUUGUAUAUGUAUGUGGGGAUGUAUUGUACGAAAAGUGGGAAAGUGGAAUGGAGUAUGAUGCUCCAAAAACUCGAGUAGGAUUAGAUAAUUAGGAAAUAGUUCAACCAUGAAACGAACUUCAUGGACAGCCCUCCUGUAUAAUUUUUUUCUGGGCAGGAUGAUAAUGUGCAAAUUGAUUUUGC